UGUCAUGUGACCUUUGAAACUGCCCCCCUGUGAACUGGGGUCUGCACUCCUGCUGGAUGAGACUGACGUGGAAAGAAGUCAUUCUGCUCAGUUUGGAGAUAAUAUGAGCAGAACCCUGCUUUUCUGUUUCCUUGGUUUUUGAAUUCUCCCUCCUUUCAAUGACACUGCUAUGUGUUAUAUCAUCUGCCUCUGAAGAAGAUGACAAGGAAGAUAGUACCUGGGAGCCCCAAAAGAAAGUCCCCAGAAGUCGUAAGCAGCCUGUUGCCAAGGAAUCCAAACCAAAGAGGGUGCCACGGGUGAAGAAGACCACCCUACAGAUAAAUGAUGGCUCAGAAGGCGUGGCUGUUAAGGAGGAGCUGAAUAACUCUGUGGCUAUUGCUGAUGUUGAUUUGGAAGACAAAAAAAAUAAAUUGGAUACCGUGAAGACUUUGAAGACAGCAAAGGCAAAACGGAAGAAUUCAAGUCAGUCACCUUCAGGUCAGAGGAUCAAAAAGCUGAAAGUUGAUGAAGAAUCCAACAGGGCCAGCACUGCAGAGACACCAUCCACAAGCACCUUGUGGGAAGGUGUGUGCAAGAAGGAAGAGAGUGAAGAUGACUUCACAUUUGGUCAGGCCCCUUUAAAGAAAAUGAAGACUGAAACAUGUCCUCAGGGGCAGCCUGUGAGGUUCCCAGCAAAUGCAAACAACAUUAAAGAGGAGGUGGAAAUGAACUGGGACAUAGUACAGGUUUUAUCUGAGAGAACUAAUAUUGAACUUUGGGUAUGUGCCAACAUUAUUCGUCUCUUUAAUGAUGAUAACACAAUUCCCUUCAUUAUACGGUAUCGGAAAGAGCUUAUUAAUAACCUUGAUGCUGAUUCCUUGAGAGAAGUUCGACAAACCCUAGAGGAGCUCCGGGCUGUUGCAAAGAAGGUUCAUAGUACAAUCCAAAAAAUUAAGAAGGAGGGGAAGAUGUCUGAGUGCUUGUUAAAAGCUUUGCUGAAUUGUAAAACUUUUGAAGAACUAGAACAUGUGUCAGCUCCAUAUAAAACUGGGAGCAAAGGCACCAAAGCCCAGAGAGCAAAGCAGUUGGGGUUAGAAGGAGCAGCUAAAACACUGCUUGAGAAUCCAGGGGAGCUCAAUCUGCUGUCUUAUAUUAGACCCAAUGUAAAAGGACUUUCAGCACUCCAGGAUAUUGAAACAGGAGUGCAGAAUAUUUUAGCAGACAUGAUUGCUAAAGACAAAGACACGCUUGACUUCAUUCGGAAAUUGUGCCAAAAUAGGUAUAUUUGUAUCCAAUCAUCUCUGGCAAAAGUGUCCUCAAAAAAAGUAAAUGAGAAAGAUGUUGAUAAGUUUCUGCUCUACCAGAAUUUUUCAUGCAACAUAAGAAACAUCCAGCAUCAUCAGAUUCUGGCAAUUAACCGUGGAGAAAAUUUGAAGAUACUGACUGUCAAAGUCAACAUUUCUGAUGGAGUGAAGAAUGAAUUCUGCAGGUGGUGCAUCCAAAACAGGUGGAGACCACGUGGCUUUGCAAGGCCAGAGUUAAUGAAGAUCUUAAACAAAUCACUGGAUGAUUCUUUUAAACGCCUUAUUUAUCCUCUUCUCUGUAGAGAGUUCAGAGCCAAACUAACAUCAGAUGCAGAGAAGGAAUCAGUGCUAAUGUUUGGACGGAACCUCCGCCAGCUCCUUUUAACAAGCCCUGUUCCAGGGCGCACCUUGAUGGGAGUGGAUCCUGGAUACAAACAUGGUUGCAAAUUGGCUAUAAUUUCUCCUACCAGUCAGAUACUGCAUACUGAUGUGGUUUACUUGCAUUGUGGACAAGGCUUCCGAGAGGCAGAGAAAAUAAAGAGACUUUUGCUGAAUUUCAACUGCAGCACGGUGGUGAUUGGAAAUGGAACUGCCUGCCGGGAAACAGAAGCUUACUUUGCUGACCUGAUAAUGAAAAAUUACUUUGCGCCACUGGAUGUUGUUUACUGUAUUGUCAGUGAAGCAGGGGCAUCAAUCUACAGUGUCAGCCCUGAAGCUAACAAGGAGAUGCCAGGGCUGGACCCUAAUUUGAGAAGUGCAGUUUCCAUAGCAAGGCGCGUACAAGACCCAUUAGCUGAGCUGGUGAAAAUCGAGCCAAAGCACAUUGGAGUUGGAAUGUACCAGCACGACGUAUCUCAGACUUUACUCAAGGCAACACUGGACAGUGUUGUAGAGGAAUGUGUCAGCUUUGUGGGAGUGGAUAUUAACAUCUGUUCGGAAGUUUUGUUAAGGCAUAUUGCAGGACUCAAUGCCAACCGAGCCAAAAAUAUUAUUGAAUGGCGAGAGAAAAAUGGGCCCUUCAUCAACCGAGAACAGCUAAAGAAAGUGAAAGGUCUUGGUCCAAAGUCUUUCCAACAGUGUGCUGGCUUCAUCAGAAUCAACCAGGAUUAUAUUCGAACAUUUUGCAGUGGUCAGCAAACUGAAUCUGCCAGUCAAGUUCAGGAAGUUGCUGUGACAUCUUCAGCAGGUGUUGAGGUCACAAAUGAGAAGCAGGGCAAGAAGAAGAACAAAACUGCAGUGAAUGUUGUGCUGAAGCCAAAUCCUUUGGACCAAACUUGUAUUCACCCGGAAUCGUAUGACAUAGCGAUGAGGUUUUUGUCAUUCUUCAGAGGGACUCUGUGUGAGAUUGGAAAGCCUGAAAUGGAACAAAAAAUAAAUUCAUUCCUUGAAAAGGACGGAAUAGAGAAAAUUGCAGAAAGUUUGCAAACAACAGUUCACACCUUACAGGUCAUCAUAGAUGGUCUCAGCCAGCCUGAGAGCUUUGACUUUCGAACAGAUUUUGAUAAACCAGAUUUCAAGAGAAGCAUAGUCUGCUUGGAAGACCUGCAGGUUGGGACUGUUCUUACAGGCAAAGUUGAGAAUGCCACUCUGUUUGGAAUUUUUGUAGAUAUAGGAGUGGGGAGAUCAGGGCUGAUUCCCAUACGAAAUGUAACAGAAGCAAAACUUUCUAAAACAAAGAAGAGAAGGAGUCUUGGCCUAGGCCCUGGAGAAAGAGUAGAAGUCCAAGUACUCAACAUUGACAUCCCCCGAUCUAGGAUUACUCUGGACCUCAUUCGGGUGUUGUGAGUGUUGCAUUAAAGGUCAAACACCAAUUUUAUUUUUCUCAUUUCUAUAGAUGUUUAAGAAUAAGUCAGUCAGAUGUUUGUGAAUUCUAGGUAGUAGAUGAGAAAGAAUUCACUCAAUAUUUUGAGGUAUUUUUCAAACACUUUCCUUUUCCUUCUGAAUAAAUAGAAAACUAAGAGCUCAGUUACUUUUCCCCUUAAAGAAAACAACUAAUAGACAUCCUUAUGUCAUUUUAUUUAAUAAUGGUUUUCUGACCCAAAUUUUAUUUUUUGUAGUUCAUCUUUGACUCCUUUUGCAUUUUAUAUUAUAGAUUCUUGUUUCAUUUCUACUUGCCAGCUUGCCUUGCUGGACUUGUAUGGAAUUGUGUUCUUGAUUUGAACUGUACAAUGUUUCUUGACAUAGUAGGGCAGGUGGUGGUUGGCCUUCCUUUUUAUAGAUUUUUUUAAUCAGGCCUUUUGGACUUGAUUCAUGAUUUUCUCUUGCCAAGGAAAUAAAAAAUAUGCCUAUUAGAUAGAUCCUGAUGUGUUUGUAACCAUCAAGUGAAUGGCUCAAAACAUCGCUGAGAAGUAUAUAUGUAUUGAUCCCUACAAUAAAAUUCUGUGGCUAGUGACCUUGUUUUUGUUAUGUUGAUUCAGUGAAUGACCUAGGACUCCUUCUUGAUGUGGCACAUAUUCAUGCAAUUUUCAUAUAAACCAACGGUGCCUUUGGGCAAGGGGGAUGCCUCUGGAAACUUGAAGAAUGGCAUUUGGUUUGACUUGGCUUAGGACGGGAAGCUAUACUCUUUCUUAAGCAGUAGGGCUAAACUUCAGAUGAGGAAAGAAAUGGCCUUCCUAAAGAUUGACUGUAGGUCAGGUAUGAAGGGACAAGAAAAACAAGUAGGUAAAGCAAGUGACUCUUAACUCUGUUUUUAUUCAGGGGAGGUGGUAAGUAUUAGCAUGACCAUUCAGGGGCAAAAUUAUUUAGAUAGAGCCCACACUGGACUGGGGUCUUAUCCAUUCUGGCUGCUCUGGCUAAUUUGCUUAAUGGAGUCAUUUGCUUGACUGAAUGAAUACUUGGUUUUCUCCAUGUGUAAUGAGUGGAAGAUACUUACUAAAGAGGGUGACCAGUCCUGCUUUUUUGCCUGGGACUGUCCUAGUAAACACUCACUGCCAUAGUAUAGGUUUUUAAUAGUAUGUCUUUUUAUUCCCAAACUGCCUCAUUGUGCAUAAUAAACUGUAUGAUCAUCUUAGUAGUAUAGUCUCUUACAAAGUGGCAAAUUGGACUGUUCAUUGAUAGUUUUGCCUGGUAGUUUACUAAACUCAAAAUUUUCAGUCUUCCAACUGGUAUACAUAGAUCUUUUUGAUGCAGUAGUUUCCUUAAAAGUUGUAUAACUCAAGGCUUGUUUUCCUGACAAUUUCAUUUCUGAAAUGCUUUUCUCUCUUUUCUACUGGUCUUCAAGUGACAGUGGAUCUUAAUGUUGUAACUUUAAGUUGAUCUGCCUACUCCUUCCAGUGUUCUUCCUGGUUCAUAAUUUGUAGAUCAGUGAUGAGUAAUAUGCACCCAAAGAGUCUUGUUCUGAAGCCUGCAAUGUAAUCUCAAACAAAUGCUUUUUUUUAAUUGAGGCAUAAUUGGCAUAUAACUUUAUGUUAGUUUCAGGUGUACAGCCUGAUUCACCACUUGUAUGUAUUUCAAAAUGAUUACCAUAAUAAACCUAGUUAACAUCUAUCAUUAUAUAUAGUCAAACAAAUGCUUUUUGGGAAGAAACCUUCUCCUUGGCCACUUUGAAUAAAAGAACCAGAGUAGCAGAAGCAGUUCCAUUGGCCUGGUAGCUAAGCCCUUGUAGACACAAGGAGAACUUGAUAUUGCACUAGGUUGCCUGGUUUGUCCUGUCUAGCCCAAACAUGGUGGAAGCUCUAUAAGGCCUAGGCUGGGACAAGUGGGGCAUGUCUCAUUCAUCUUAUAUUUCUAGAAUGUAGCAUGGAACAUCAGAAUGUUCAACUAAUCCUAGUCCCUAUCCUACUGAUAAUCCACAAUGUCCUUUUGAUCUGGUGUCUUUACUUCUCUGGGCCUCCUUUUCCCAAGUUUAAAGUGGGGAUGAUGGUAAAGCACUCAUUCUCUCAGAAUUUAUUGGUGGCCUCCUGAGUGCCAGGCAUUGUGCUGGACACUGAC